AAUAGACCCUAGGACAGGUUACUACUUCUAGUUACAUCUGGUGUGUGUCAAGUAACUAUAUUAGUUAAACCAAUGUUAUACUUUUUCCCCCUACACCUACUUAUUAGAGGUCAUUCAAAUCAUUUCAUGGCUUGGGAAUAUAAAGCAUAUUUGAAGAGCAUGUAGUGAUGAUAUGAGAACGUUGCCCUUGCUGACCUUCACUCUUUUCAGACUCAUUAAAUGUGCUGAUGACUUGAGGGAGAUUGUGUGUGUGUGUUUCAUAUAUGUGGGUGGGUCCAGAGUCUCUAAUAGUCUCAGUGUGCCUAUAAUUUAUGAGAUAAGAUCCAGGGAGGGACUGUACACCACAGGUUGCACUUCAUCAAAUCAUUUUAGGAAUCAAGCCACUGGAGACUCAACGCAAAAGAAAAUAUGCUAGCACAAAAUCGUUCAGAUGUGCAGUCUAUCCUGCUCUCCUUGCUUCAGCACUAUCUUAAUGAAACCUGGGACUUCCCAGCAAAGCCUCUCCCUCCUGCUGCUCACCAGACAGCCGAGCCUUUCAGCACAGUGCCAGUUAAAGUUCAGAGCCAAGGAUUCAUCUACAUUUUACUGAUGGUUGGGCUCUUCAGCUUUUUUACCUUCGGCAUCAUGUUCAGCUACAUCCGCUCGAAAAAGCUGGAGAACUCGCAGGAUCCAUACCACCAGUAUAUAGCCAGAGACUGGGUGAAGGUUCUGGCUCCGUCAGCAACCAUAAGACAGGCUCUCAAAAAGGAGUCUGUGGUUAUUGUAAACCCUGCAGCCCUGGAGAACCUGCCAGGAUGAAGAGGCAAGAAACUAGGACGGCAAGUGAUUUGGGGUAACUGAUGAUGACUGCUGAGUUCAAACAUAUUGCUUUUAGACUGAUAACUAAGACUGAUAACUUAAAUUUGUCAAAAGAUUAGAUUAUAGCUUUCUAAAAAUUCCCAAUAAUCACAUCCUGACCUUUUGUAUCUGAAAUAGAAUACUUACCUUAAAAGGACAGAAGACUAUGUAUAACUUUAAAUAUGCUUUUUAUUUACAUGAUGCUGAUGUGUCACAAUGAGUGUCAUCAUGAGAACUGAGCUGAUUAUAUUUUCUUUUAAAACAGUCAAAUAAAAUGUAAAUCAUUCUAAA